AUGCACGAUCCCGAUGAUUAUGACUCAGUUUGCGGCGACAUGGAGCUGGAGCUCGAGCGGAUCGUCGGGGCUAUUACCCCACCAUCGGGUGCCUGGCCACCGCUCAUGGGCUACGAUGAGUUUAUGGUCAGAACUAUGGAUGAACGAGAACAUAUACAGAAGAAAACUUUUACGAAAUGGAUUAACUCACAUCUGAUCAAAACCCAGUGCACGCCAGUGGAUGAUUUAUUUUUGGAUCUGCGGGAUGGACAUCGUUUGUUGGCAUUGCUGAGCACUUUAACGCAAACACAGCUGAAACCCGAAAAAGGUCGCAUGCGUGUGCAUCACAUUAACAAUCUGAAUAAGGUGCUUCAGGUGAUACAACAGCAUGGCGUUAAAUUGGUCAACAUCUCCAGUGAUGAUAUUGUCGGUGGAAAUCCCAAGCUUACGCUGGGUCUCAUCUGGCUUAUAGCACUGGAGUUCAAUGGCCAGCAUCUAGUCAGAAGUCAUUCGAGCAAUGGCGUUGAGAAAUCCUUGCUGGCAUGGGCGCGUCAAUACACAGAACCACACGGCUUGGCCCUCAACGAUUUCUCCAGCUCGUGGGCAGACGGACGUGCCUUCCUUAUGAUACUGGAUGCGCAUCUGGAGGAAUUGGAUUUGGAGAAAGAGCUGUCGCAGCAUGCCCUACAGCGAUUGCAUUUAGCUUUUGAUUUAGCGCAUCGGCAUUACAAGAUCGAAAAGCUACUGGAUCCUGAAGAUGUGCACACACAUAAGCCAGAUAACAAGUCCAUACAAAUGUAUGUGAUGUGCUUGUACCAUGCAAUGGAAUCGAUGCGAGCUCAAGCGGAGAGUGCACCCUGCACAAGCAUCACAGAUUUGGAUGAGGUGCCCUUAGAAUAUACGCCCUGCAACCAGGAGCUGUAUACAUCAGAUAGCGGUGGCAGUUUGAAUGUAAAGCCGAGCUUGCCUCAGGUUGGAGCCGGCGACAGUUCGCUGCGACCGCUGAGCACGGCCACAAAUGCUAGUUUGGAGAUAAGUAGUUAUCAGGAUGCACUGGAGGCUGUGCUUACACUCCUGCUACAGGAUGAGCAGCUGCUAUCUCAGGAUAUGCCGGAGCCUCAGGACUUUCAAAGCGCCAAGGUGCAAUUUCACGAGAAUGAGCAUUUCAUGCUUAAGCUAACAGAACAUCAGGAGUAUGUGGGCGAGGCGCUAGAAGAAGGCAGCAAUUUAAUCAACGAAUCACAGAAAUUGGGUGCGGGCCUCUCGCAGGACGAUCAGAACGAGGUGCGACAGCAAAUGGUGCUGCUCAACGAACGUUGGGAAACUUUGCGAUUGCGUGCUCUGGACGUGCAGGCAAAGAUACUGAUGCGACUGGCUGAGUUUCAAAAACAGAAGCUAGAGAAGCUGCGGCAGUUUCUUACCAAUGUUGAGGAUCGCAUUUCACACAUGACAGACAUAGGACCGACACUGGCUGAGGCAGAGAAACAAUUGGCCGAGGCCAGGCAGCUGAAAGCAGAUCUCAGCGAGCAACAGGAUCUGGUGGAUAGCUUGAGUAACAUGGUCGUCAUUGUGAAUGAUACGUCGGGCAAUUUCAAUGAUCUGGAGGACAAGUUAAGCGCAUUGGGAGAGCGCUGGUCGCAUGUUGUAAAGUGGAGUGACUUGCGCACCGAGAAAUUACAGCAAUAUAAAUGCAUCUCUCGCUGGCUGGACGCUCGCGAACAGGAUCUGAAGCACAUGGAGAGCAGAGAUGUGACCGAUGUUGGUGGCAUUACACAGCGCAUCAACGACCUGAACUAUUGUGCCAAGGAUUUACUGGAGUUGCAGCGUUAUCUUGUCGACUUGCGUCAAAUGGUGGCAGCCACAUUGCAGGAUGGGGACGAUAAGGGUGAACGCGUGCUCAUGCAGCUAGAGAGCUAUGAGGAUCGUCUGGAUGCCCUAAAGCAAAUCGUCGAGGUUCAAACACUGCGCAUUGAAACCAAAGGCUUUAACUUUGGCCGUGACCGAGCGUCCUACGAUGACAGUCGGGUAGUGCGACCCGACGGCUGGUUAGACUAUCAAAUGAUUAUACGUUUCGGCGAGGAGGACGAGGAAGGGGAAGAGGAGCAGGAAGGAAAGGAAGAUGCUCAGCCGCUGGCAAGCAAAAAGCGUAAGCUGCGCAAUGCCGACAACUUCCAUGAGCUGGAAACGCAAAUUAUGGAUCAUUUUUCCUACGUGCAGGAAGUGGAGGAAAAACUGCAGCAGCUGCAACGCCAGAGUCUGCGAAAUCAAUGUGAAAUUAUACGGGACUUACUUACAGAGUCAAGCCAGCGAGCAACUGCAAUGCCCGAGCUGAAGAAGCUCUACGAAGUGUGUGAGCAGGAGGCGCCCACACGCAAUUUAAUCAUGGAAGCCACACACAUAAAGCAGCUGGAUGAGCGAUACGCUCUACUGGCUAAGCGAUUGACCAGCCAACAGAAAGAUAGCAACGAACUCCUGGCCAAGGAGCGUUACUAUAACAGUCUAACUGGUUUCAAGUUGGUGCUGGCCGACUCGAGAGAUUGGUAUAAACAACAUGCAGGCACGGCUAGCGUGCAGGAGCUGGAGCAACGUCUUAGUCAUAUGGAAUCGCUGUCCAGUGAAAUAGCUGAAGCACAACAGACAACGGCAGCUUUGAGCGCAGAUCUGAUGGAAUGGAAACAGGACUUUAACAUCUUCUACGAUAGCUGGCAUGAUAUGAAGCAGGCCCUUUUAGCGUUAAUUCAACAACGGGGUGGAGACAUAAUCAAAGAGCAACUGCAACAGUUGCAGGAGUUUGUGCAGCGCGUUUCAAAGGAAAAGGUGCGUGUAUCCGAUCUCUCCAGCAUGCAGAAGCAGCAGCAGUUACUCAAUCAGCUCGUGGAUGAGCUCGAGGCACUGAAGCCCAUAUACACCCAAGUGCAACAGCGUCGAUCCUCAGCGCUGAGCACCGAACUCGUGGCCAGUUGGCAGCGACUACCCGAACAACUAAGCGAACGCAUUUUAAAACAGACUACCGCCAUUGAAAAUCUGAAUCAUUUUGCUUCCGAAUAUAAUGCAAUUAUUGCUGUACUACGAACCGCCGCAUCAGAGGAUAACAAUGCCGCUACCCUGAAAGCAAACGAUCUCCGCAAACUAGAGAUUGAUGUGAUUAGUGCGAGAAAUUUCAGUGAAAUACUGAUAAAAGAUGCAGAGGUGCCACAACGAGAAGCCCUACAGUCCCAAAUACGUGCACUGAACACACUUUACGAGCAGGUUGUGACCCUACAUCGAGCUCAACAACAGCAACACACGGCACUGGAAGCCCAAGCCCAAGCAAUUGUGGAGAGAUUGCAGCAAACCGAGGAUUGGCUAAACGAACUAGAAACGAAUACGCCCAAGACGAAAAUAUCCGAUAUAAACAGCUCGAAUGAGCUCUUCCAUAGUAAAAGUAAAUUCCAGACCCUUAAAGAGACCUGUGAACGUGAAACUGCCAAUUUCCGCGAACUGAACGAACUUGGAGGUGAACUGUUACUCCAAAUGGAUGAACUGCAACAGCAACAAGCCAAGGAUGGAAAAUAUGCGACGCUGGCGAAGCAGUUUACGCGCCUCAAUGCGCGUUGGACAGCGGUUACAGAGCUCAUCUAUGGCAAGACAGCAUUGUUGGAGCAUAUAUCCACACAGCUGGGCGAGUUUAAGAAGUUUAUGGUCAGCGAGACUGGAUAUUUAGAUCGUUUGGAGAAUAAGAUACGAAAUACGCCAGAGAACGCGGCCGAUGCAGAGGAAAUUAUUGAGGAGCUGGACGACCUAGAGAACGUGUUGCGUGCGCAUUCUGACGAAUGGCUCGACAAAAUUCAAGAGAUUGGCAAUGAGCUAAUUGACAAUGAAUUUAUGGAGAAGGAGAUGCGUGCCGAUAUAGAUAACAUUGUCUCGCGCUGGACACAAUUGCAGCAACAGGCCAAAAAGCGCACCGAACUGCUGGAGCAAGAAGUGAGCGAAGCAGAGCAGUCGGAAAAGUGCAUUGUACAGUUCGAGGCCUGGUUGACGCGUGUGGAUGAGAUACUCAGCGAACAUCUGGAAAAUGAUGUGACUAUUGAGGAUCUACCCGAUGAUUUUCAACGCUUGGCUCAAGAAUUUACCAGCAACGAACAAAACUUUAAAGAAAUACCGGAAUUAAUCGCCGAGCAUACGCGUAAUGGCAAAAUCGAAGCGGCAAACCGCCUGCAGGAACAGCUCAAUCUUAUGGAGUUACGUUUUAAGGCCUGCCAAGCGAAACUUAACAAGUGCACUGCCCCUCAACCCGCAUACGAGUCGCGUUUGAAUCGCGCCCAUGCCGAUUUGCGUAAUGUGGAACGUUCAACCUUGGUGCUGGAUGUAGCAUCCGCGGGUCCCAGCACAGUCAAGGCACAAUAUCAAAAGUGUCUGCAAAUCUACCGAACACUAUCGGAAAUAAAAGCAGAGAUUGAGAGCACCAUUAAGACAGGCCGUAAGGUCUGUGAAGACAAGUAUACCAGAUCACCGAAGCAGCUGAGUCAGCGCAUCGACGCUUUGAAGCAUCUCUAUAAUGCGCUUGGCGAGAAUGUCACCCAAUCGAAGGCAUUCCUGGAGGGUCUGCUAACAUUGGCCGGUCAGUUGGAGGAUUGCUUUGAAGCCGCGGAUACUCUAAUACGUCGGUUCGAGUCGCCGCAAGAGAUGCACGAUCGCAACUCCAUAUUGCUAGAAUUUGAGGAUGUUCUGCAACGCUGUGAGGAGUAUUAUGCGGAAUACAGCAAGUCCUGUGAUGAAGGAUGCAUGGUGGACACACGCCAGCGCAUCGAUGGCCUCAAAGCCACCUACCAUCGAUUAACCAGUGCUGAUAUUAUUAAACGGCUAACGGAGAUGAAAGCGACUCUACAAAAUUUGGAUAACAUUUCGCUGGAUACCUUAAAGACAAUGGAGCAUGACCUGAAGCAGAUUAAUGUGCCAUCAAAUCCGGAAAUUGAAAAAUUGCAGCAACAAGUCAUUGCAAUUGUUGUGGAUACACUAAAAACGCGUUUCAAUGAACAGUCCGUACUCAAUGCACCAAACAAUAACUCUACACAAAAGUCUACAACGCCGGAAGAUGAUACAGAAAUCGUUGUAGUUAGUGACACAGUUCGGCAGCGCCGUGCACGCACGCCACAAUCGGGAGAAACCAGUUCGGCAAACACAAGUGCGACCGUAGAGUCGCCAAAAGCAUCAGUGGAGAGUAAAUCCGAAGAUUCGAAUGCAAACUCCCAGCCACAUGUGCUUCCAGAUUUGCUGCCACCGCAAACUUUUCGCUUGGCCGAGUCUAGUACGCUCUUCUCUCAAAUAUCUCUCCAACCACCAGGCGCACAGUCAAAAAUCUCCGCAAUGCCGCCUCCUAAGCCAGCAAAGAACAAGCGCAAGGCAGAUGCGGCCCAGGUCGUAGAAAUUAAAGUGAAAAACAUACAAAAUGAUAAAAUGUCUGUUCAGAACAUUGCAUUUGAGCCGCAAGUGGGCGAAAUUGUAGACACUGUCAACAUUUUGGAGAGUGUCGAACCAUUUGUACCCGAAUAUGUGGAGACUGUCCAGAUAGUAGAUCUCUCAGAAGACUCACAGUCCGACUCUUCCAUGCGGGUCGAUGCCGAGGGUCGUGAAGUACGACGAACUAAAAGUAAAAAUUCGUUGGCUGAGUCUCCACUGACAAAGUCAAAUGAUGUGGACGAACCGGAUGAGGAGGCUAUGCUGCGUCCAUCCGCGGAAAAUACAAGCACUCCCUUUCUACGUGUGGAAAAGCAACGAAUCUCCUUUGAUGAGAAACGCAAACGCAUAGCAAAUGAACGCGAUAUUUUGCGUGAUUCCGAGGAGGAAAGCUCUCAGCCAGAUGCAGCAGCUACGGAGCAGAGGCCCAAAGCGAAGCGUUGGCGCCAGUUGCAGCCGUCUUUGGACGCCACCACACCUGACACGGAACCGGAAUCGCCGGGUCGAAAUAGUUUCUAUAGUGCCGACAAGGAGGCAGGUUUCGAUAUCGAACCGCUGGUAUUCUCCGACGAUGAGGAAAUACCGCGUUUCUCCUUGGAAAUGACACCAACCUUUGAAUCCGAUAGUGAUGUGAGUCGAAUUGAAACACCAACGAUUAAGAAGCCCAACUCAUUUGCGAACAAAGUAUUAAGCUCGAUGCCCUCACCAACGGACGAUUCUAAUCUGACGCAUUGCAUCGGACUGAGUGAACAGAUAACCCCUUUGGAGAGGUGCGUGAGGGAAUUCGAUAAGCUAGCUAAGCAGAUGAUAUAUAAAUUGGAGAUGACCAAGGCUAAGAUUGAACAAUGCCAUGAGAGCGAAGCCGAGGAUCUGAGACUGUUGAUAGCGCCCGACGCGGCCACUCUCAUAUCACAGGGUGACUCGCUGGUUCUGGAGACUCAUGGCAAGCCGGGCAACCUAUCGCAUUUGGUUAUGAGUGCGCAAGCAAAGUUGCGCGAAGGAUUCCUCAAGGUGCAACAGGCCAGGUCAAAAACUUCGGGUACGCCAACAGCCUUUACACGCGCCACUCUGGACAGCAUUAAUAUCGAGGAGCUGGUCACAAAGGGUCUGCGUCGCAUCAAUGUCCUGAUCGACAAGCCUGUGGAUGUGAAGUCCAGCAGCGAACUUGAAAAACGCAUGGAGGAUAUCAAUGAACGCCGCGACGAUUUGCAGGUAAUUGUCAGCGCCAUUGGCAAAAACGCCCAAAUGCCAAAGGUGACGCCCGUCAUGAUGAAUGAAAUUGAAAAGACUAAAAACAAUUUGAUUGCUCAUGCGGAUUCAAUAGAGCUUUCUUUGACCGAAUUGAAAAAUGGCGCGAAAAUUGGCAAUGGUAGCGGCAGCAAGGACUAUAACAACGAACCGAGCGGCACUGGAGUUCUUGCCGGCAGCUUCGAUAAGUCCGUUCUACAAAUUUCCGACUGGCUGACUUGGGAACAAAACAUGAUCAAGAUACAGAGUGUGCUCGUUGACGAUAUCGAUGGCGUGCGUUUGGCCAUCGAAAAGCAGGAGAAAGUUUUGCGUGAACUGAAAAUGAAAAAACCUCAACUCAAUGAGCUGGUGCAUACCGCGGAAGUCCUCAAAGGCGAUAUCAAGCGGCAGCAGUUGCAGGAAAAAGAGUUAAAACAGUUCACUCUAGCACCGCAUUGUUCAGCUGAUUUAGACUAUAUGCGUUGCUGCUUGAAAGUCACGCGUCUCCGAGAGCAUUGGGAUGAGACCUCACAGUGCGUGCUGCAGCGAGCGGCACAGCUGAAGAACAUGCUGAGCGACUCACAGCGCUUUGAGGCCAAGCGCUUAGAGCUCGAGAAGUGGUUGGCGCGCAUGGAACAGCGAGCCGAGCGAAUGGGAACAGUGGCGACUACGGCAGAUAUCCUUGAGGCGCAGCAAAAGGAGCAGAAAUCCUUCCAUGCCGAGUUGCAUCAAAACAAGCAGCACUUUGAGCUCUUCAAUGAUUUGACACAGAAACUAAUUGCAGUUUAUCCCAACGAUGAUACUUCGAGAAUCAAGAAGAUGACGGAAGCCAUUAAUCAACGCUACUCCAACUUAAAUAAUGGUGUGAUUAAUCGUGGCAAACAGUUGCAUGCUGCCGUGCAUAGUCUGCAAUCGUUCGAUCGUGCUAUGGAUCAGUUCCUCGCUUUUCUAUCUGAGACGGAAACUUUAUGUGAAAACGCUGAAGCAGAUAUAGAUCGCAAUCCAUUAAUGUUCAAGGACCUACAAUCGGAAAUUGAAACCCAUCGUGUUGUUUACGAUCGUCUCGAUGGCACCGGCCGCAAACUUUUGGGUUCGCUCACCUCACAAGAGGAUGCGGUUAUGCUGCAGAGGCGCCUGGAUGAAAUGAAUCAACGUUGGAAUAAUUUAAAAUCGAAAAGUAUUGCAAUCAGGAAUCGUUUGGAAUCAAAUUCGGAACAUUGGAACGCGUUGCUUUUGUCCUUGCGCGAGCUAACCGAAUGGGUCAUACGCAAGGAUACGGAACUGAGCACCUUGGGUCUGGGACCAGUGCGUGGCGAUGCGGCCAGUUUGCAAAAACAGUUGGACGAUCAUAAAGCUUUUCGCCGUCAAUUGGAAGAUAAACGCCCAAUUGUUGAGAGCAAUUUAACGAGCGGUCGUCAGUAUAUAGCCAGCGAGGCGCCCGUUUCGGAUGCCAGCGAUACGGAGGCCGCCCAUGAUUCAGACUCCCGUUACUUGUCGGCUGAGGAGCAAAGCCGGGAGCUGGCACGCAGCAUACGGCGCGAGGUGGCAAAACUUUCGGAGCAAUGGAACAAUCUAAUCGAUAGAUCUGACAAUUGGAAGCAUCGUUUGGACGAAUACAUGACGCCAAAUUCAGUUGUAUCUGAAAUUCUUGUUUCCAACACGCUCAAAAAAAUGCGCCAAUUCCAAAAGAUACUCGAGGACUUGAGCUCACGUGUCGCCCUGGCGGAGCAGACGAAAAAUGCGUGGCAAACGCCCGCGUCUGUUAACGAGGCCAACGAGCAGAUGCAGCAAUUGCAGAGGCUCCGGGAUAAGAUGACGACGGCCAGCGCCUUGCUGGACGACUGCAAUGAACAACAGGCCUUCUUCACAGCCAAUCAGGUGCUGGUGCCAACGCCCUGUUUGUCCAAGCUGGAGGACCUCAAUACACGAAUGAAACUCCUGGAAAUUGCGAUGGAUGAACGACAGAAGGUGUUGUGCGCAGCCGGCGCUAAUCACACGCACGAGAAUGGCGAUGAUGGACGGAAUACAUCGAACAGCGGCACAAUUGGACCUUUGCCGAAUUUAGGGCAGAGUGUAAAGCCGCCCUGGGAGCGUGCCACAACGGCCGCUAAUGUGCCUUACUACAUUGACCACGAGCGCGAGACCACACACUGGGACCACCCCGAGAUGAUUGAGCUGAUGAAGGGCCUGGCCGAUUUGAAUGAAAUACGCUUCUCGGCCUAUCGCACGGCCAUGAAGCUGCGGUCCGUGCAGAAGCGUUUGGCACUCGAUCGCAUUACCAUGGCCACGGCAUGCGAGUCCUUCGAUCGCCAUGGGCUGCGUGCGCAGAACGAUAAACUGAUCGAUAUACCCGAUAUGACUACGGUGCUACAUUCGCUCUACGUGACAAUCGAUAAAAUUGAUUUGACGCUAAUGCUCGACCUGGCCAUCAACUGGAUACUGAAUGUUUACGAUUCGCAGCGCACGGGCCAGAUACGCGUGCUCAGCUUCAAGGUGGGACUCGUCCUCCUGUGCAGGGGUCAUCUGGAGGAGAAGUAUCGCUACUUAUUCCGCUUGGUUGCGGACACUGAACGGCGAGCGGAUCAACGUCGUCUGGGACUUUUGUUGCAUGACUGCAUACAGGUGCCGCGUCAAUUGGGCGAGGUGGCGGCCUUUGGGGGCUCCAACAUAGAGCCAUCGGUGCGUUCGUGUCUCGAACAGGCUGGCAUUUCGCAGGAAGCCAUUGAUGCCAAUCAGGAUAUUUCAAUAGAGCUGCAACAUUUUCUGGGCUGGCUGCAGCACGAGCCCCAGAGUCUUGUCUGGCUGCCGGUGCUGCAUCGGCUCGCUGCCGCAGAGGCGGCCAAGCAUCAGGCCAAGUGCAACAUUUGCAAAGAGUAUCCCAUUGUCGGCUUUCGCUAUCGCUGCCUCAAGUGCUUCAACUUCGACAUGUGCCAAAAGUGUUUCUUCUUUGGACGCAAUGCCAAAAACCACAAGCUAACGCAUCCCAUGCACGAAUACUGUACAACGACCACAUCCACCGAAGAUGUGCGCGACUUUACGCGCGCGCUUAAAAAUAAGUUCAAGAGUCGCAAAUACUUUAAGAAACACCCACGCGUCGGCUACUUGCCCGUACAGAGCGUACUGGAGGGCGAUGCUCUGGAAAGCCCCGCACCCAGUCCCCAACACACCACACAUCAGUUGCAGCACGACAUGCAUUCGCGACUGGAAAUGUACGCCUCUCGCUUGGCCCAGGUCGAGUAUGGCGGCACGGGCUCCAAUUCCACGCCCGACAGCGACGAUGAACAUCAGCUGAUCGCCCAAUAUUGUCAGGCCCUGCCCACCAAUAAUGGCAGUGCGCCCAAGUCGCCCGUCCAAGUGAUGGCCGCCAUGGAUGCGGAACAGCGCGAAGAACUGGAGGCCAUCAUACGGGACCUGGAGGAGGAGAACGCCAGCCUACAGGCAGAGUAUCAGCAGCUGUGCAGCAAACAGCAGAGUGGCACGCCCGAAGAUGCCGCCAAUGGCAUGCAGCAUUCCAAUUCAAAUAUGGCGGGACUGGCGACACAAGGCGAACAUGGACAGGACAUGAUGGCUGAAGCCAAAUUGUUGCGUCAGCACAAAGGUCGUCUGGAGGCGCGUAUGCAGAUACUCGAGGAUCACAAUCGCCAGCUGGAGGCACAACUCCAGCGACUGCGUCAGCUCUUGGAUGAGCCCAACGGCGGCGGAGCGGGCAGCGGCUUGCCAAGCGCCCCCGGCUCAGCCCUCAACUCGAAGCCGAAUACGUUGCAAACACGAUCGGUGACUGCCUCGCAACUCAACACGGACUCUCCGGCCAAAAUGAACCAACAGAAUGGGCACUACGAGCACAAUUCAAGAGCUGCAAGUAAUUUGGUGACUGUCAUAACCGAGCAGGAGAUCGAGCCCAGCAUUGAAGAUAUAGACGAAUCGAGCAGCACGACAACAACAACAGCAACGACAACGACGACGACAACCGCCACAACUGAGAAAACCUGCUUGGAACGCAACUAAACAAAUAAAUCCACGCUACUUAAAUGGAAAUUAAAACAAAACCAACUAAACUACAAUGCAAGGCAAUACUUAAAGGAAGGGAAGGGCGUGCAUGCGAAUUCCAAACAGUUUACAUAUACAUAUAUACCUAUACAACAACAACAACAAAAACAAAUAGUUCAUAUUACAAUAUAUUUAUACGAUAUGCAUAGCCUAAACAGCAGGAAGGAAGGAUGUGCAACAUUUUUGUAAUUAGGCAGCGGGUUAGAGCAGAAAUAAUCCACAUGUGUAACACUAAUAAGUAAAGCUGGAAGGAAUGCAGAAAAUUCAUGCGUAGUCUUAAAUACGAAUACAAAUAAACUAUAACAUUAAUAUUAAUAAUAAUAAUAUAUCUAUCAUAACUACAAGUACAUGCAAGAUUGUUAAAACGAGCACUUUCUAUCGAUAUGUCUAGAAAAAAACAAGAAAACUUAAGUUUCAUUUUUAAAAGAAGAAGGGAAGAUAAGGAGAUGAACUCUUUUCCACCUUUGGCAUAAAUUAGUUUUUACGAGCAGGCUGGCAGGCAACUAACGGAAUUUUUACUGUGUUUUUCAUAUCAAAA